AUGGCUUCUCGGACUUCAACAUUUUCCCUCGUUGCUGCGAAUAUCCUCAUUCCUAUCGCCAUAUUGAUAUUUGCCAGCGGAUUCUUUCCUUAUAAACCAUUUCUACCAGGAUUGGCCCAAUACGAAGCUUUGGAAGAUGGUUCGCUCCCAGGAGCUCCCUUCGACAAGGUUGUGUUCAUGGUGGUGGAUGCAUUGCGAAGUGAUUUCGUGUAUUCCAACACAUCAGGAUUUCUUUUCACCCAAAGCUUGAUUCAAAAUGGAGAAGCCGUUCCUUUCACUGCCCAUGCCACAUCUCCCACCAUAACUAUGCCGCGGAUCAAGGCAAUUACGACAGGAUCGACGCCAUCAUUCCUUGAUUUGAUCCUGAAUUUUGCCGAGUCUGAUACAUCCUCCACGCUCGCAACACAAGAUACAUGGCUUGCACAAAUGAAAGCCAAAGGUACAGGCAAAAUGAUCAUGUAUGGAGACGAUACUUGGCUGAAGUUGUUUCCCGAAACCUUUGAUCGUGCGGAUGGGACAUCAAGCUUUUUUGUUUCGGAUUUUACAGAAGUGGACAAUAAUGUUACGAGACAUGUCCCUGAAGAGCUUAGAAAUGACGAUUGGAAUACGAUGGUGCUGCAUUACCUUGGGCUUGAUCAUAUCGGUCACAAAACUGGACCUAGAGGCCCGAACAUGAUCCCUAAACAGCAUGAGAUGGACGGCAUAGUGAAAAAAAUCUAUGAAGCCAUCACAAACAAAAAGCACCUACAGUCCACCCUUCUGGUACUCUGUGGAGACCAUGGAAUGAACGAUGCCGGAAACCACGGAGGAUCUGCUCCUGGAGAGACUUCGCCGGCUCUUGUCUUCAUCUCGCCGAAGUUAAGAACAAUAAAUUCAGGUCACCGCGCUCCAGCUCCUUUUGAAGAAGACUUCCAAUAUUACUCUAUAGUUGAGCAGUCAGACAUAGCACCAACGUUAGGAUCACUUCUUGGAUUUCCGGCACCCCGAAACAACCUUGGAGCCAUGAUUCCAGAGUUUCUCUCAUUCUGGCCAAAGAAGAAUGAUAGAGUACAAAUUCUGUUGAGAAAUGCAAGACAAAUUCUGGGGGUUGUUACAGCAGCAUUUCCAUUAUUCGAAGCAGCAAGUUCCGUAACAGAUUGCAAAGAACCGUCUAGCAAUAUUGAUGCGCUCGCAUGCCAGUGGAAGUUCGUGACCGAGCGCCUGCCCAAAACUGAUGAUGAAGGUCAGACCGUUGAUGAAUGGCUACGAGUUACUACCAAAUGGUUGAAAAAGGCACAAGACAUCAUGAGCAGCACGGCGAGCAAUUACGAUGUUCGAAAGCUCGCCACUGGGCAAGCGGUGUCAAUUUUGGCGUUACUCCUGGGAUCAAAUGCAGCUUAUUCCAGUUUGGUCAAUUCAUUCAAGGAAUCACUCCCAAUCCUCUUGAUAUCAUUACUAUAUGGCAUCAUGAUGUUCGCAAGCAGCUACGUGGAAGAAGAGCAGCAUUUCUGGUAUUGGGCCACUUCGGCAUGGUUUGUUUUACUUUGGGUCAAAUGCACACGUAAACAGAGCCGAAACAGUAUUUUGCUUGCAGUAAGCUCAAUCUUGAUACUCAUCGUUUCAAGAUUCGCAAGACGCUGGAACCAAACCGGUCAGAAAUGGGCUGGCGAACCUGACAUCGCACGAACGUUCUUCUCUGAAAAUCGACUGACCCUCUGGACCUGCGUGGGACUUACAUAUCUAUGGAACCUCCAAUCUCUCGCUGCAGGAGCAUUCUAUCGCUUCCCACAGAUGGUAGCGGCGGGAAUAUCGACAGCUCUUGUGACUGCCGCCAUAACUUUCAAGCUAGCGUUCACUCAUGAGGAUUCCCCGGAGUUGAUGGCUGGAAUCGCCAAGUAUAUGGCGGACAGCGAAGCAGGUGCUGGAGCAUCAUUGAUCGGCAGAGCCAGACUGGCAUUUGGAGCCAUUGCCCUCACGCUGGUCUACACCAUUGGGUCUGGAUUUGGGAAUUCAAAACGUCCAAAUCCGACGAUGCACACAAUUCAUGACCUCCUAACCCUCUUCCUUAUCACUCAGUCCCGGGCUACUAACAUUCCCCUCAUCCUCCUCUUCUCAGUCCAAUUCUACCUUCUCAAUGAUUUAGACCUUAAUCUCAUUGAAAUAAGUACUACUUCCCUCCUCCUCCAGUACACAUCAUUCUUUGCAUUCGGCGGCUCCAACGCCAUCUCUUCCGUCGACCUGUCCAGCGCCUACAAUGGCGUAAGCGGAUACAACGUGGUGGCCGUCGGUAUUUUGACCUUCGCUAGUAACUGGACUGGACCAAUCUUCUGGACGUCCGCUACGAUCAUCAUGUUGCUGCGGUUAAGGAGGACAGGUGCUGGGCAGGGAAAGGAGAGAAAUCUACUGGGAAGACAUCUCGCGCUAUUGACUGUGUUCGUGACUUCGAGCUUGGUGUUUGUCAUGGCAGCUUGUACAUUUUUGAGAACGCAUCUGUUUAUAUGGACGGUGUUCUCGCCUAAAUAUCUAUAUAGUAUGGCGUGGAGUCUGGGGCAGCAUUUAGGUGUCAAUGUGGGAUUGGGAGGCUUGCUGUAUUGGUUGGGGACGAUGUAUCAAUAG